UAAAGCAAAUGCGGAGGAAAAAAGACCGAUAAAGUUUCUGGCUACAAUACAAGAGACAUAUCAUUACCAUAUGAUCUAAUGUGGGUGUCAGCCGGAUUGUGUUCAUUGAGGGAAACCUUAUUUUUUAACUGUGCUAUGGAGUAGAAGCAGGAGGUUUUCAACCUAGUGACAGUCACUGAGCAGCACCUACCCCCUCCUCCUUUCCACACCUGCAAACUCUUUUGCUUGGGCUGAAUAUUUAGUGUAAUUGCAUCUCAGCUUUGAGGGCUCCUGUGGCAAGUACCCGGAUUAAAAGGUUCGUAGGUUGUGAAAAUAAUUGAGAUAAAUCAUGAAGGCGACCCUCAUCUUCCUCCUGCUUGCACAAGUUUCCUGGGCUGGACCUUUUCAACAGAGGGGCUUAUUUGACUUUAUGCUAGAAGAUGAGGCUUCUGGGAUAGGCCCAGAAGAUCGUGUUCCUGAAUUUGGAGAAAUGGAGCCCCUGGGACCUGUGUGUCCUUUCCGUUGUCAGUGCCACCUUCGAGUUGUGCAGUGUUCUGAUUUGGGUCUAGACAAAGUGCCCAGUGAUCUUCCACCUGACACGACACUGCUAGAUCUGCAAAACAACAAAAUAACGGAAAUCAAAAAUGACGACUUUAAGAACCUGAAGGACCUUCAUGCAUUGAUCCUUGUCAACAAUAAAAUUAGCAAAAUAAGCCCUGGAGCAUUUACACCUUUGGUGAAGUUGGAAAGACUUUAUCUGUCCAAGAAUCAACUGAAGGAAUUGCCAGAAAAAAUGCCCAAAUCCCUUCAGGAGCUUCGUGUCCAUGAAAAUGAGAUCACCAAAGUGAGAAAAGCGGUGUUCAAUGGAUUGAACGAGAUGAUUGUCAUAGAACUGGGCACCAACCCGCUGAAGAGCUCAGGAAUUGAAAAUGGAGCCUUCCAGGGAAUGAAGAAGCUCUCCUACAUCCGCAUCGCAGACACCAACAUAACCUCCAUCCCACAAGGCCUUCCUCCUUCCCUCACCGAAUUACAUCUUGAUAACAACAAAAUCACCAAAGUGGAUGCAGCUAGCCUGAAGGGACUGAAUAACUUGGCUAAGUUGGGACUGAGUUUCAACAGCAUCUCUUCUGUGGAAAAUGGCUCUCUGACCAACACUCCUCACCUCAGGGAGCUUCACCUGAACAACAACAAGCUUCUCAGGGUGCCUGGUGGGCUUGCAGAGCACAAGUACAUCCAGGUUGUCUACCUUCAUAAUAACAACAUCUCUGCAGUUGGAGCAAAUGACUUCUGUCCACCAGGAUACAAUACCAAGAAGGCUUCUUAUUCGGGAGUGAGUCUUUUUAGCAACCCAGUCCAGUACUGGGAGAUACAGCCAUCCACCUUCCGGUGUGUCUAUGUGCGCUCUGCCAUUCAGCUCGGAAAUUUCAAGUAACUCCCAAGAAAACCCUAAUUUUCAUAACCUGGCAAGAUUCUGUUCAUGCCAUUGCUAAAAAGAAAAAAAGAAAGAAAGCUAGAUAUUGGAAACUUAACUGUAUUGUGGAUGUUUUCCCACAUGACUUAUUAUGCAUAAAGCCAAAUAUGCAGUUUAAAUAAUUGCCUACAAUAAAAAUAAUUUGCCUGACAUUUUCAGAAUCAUUUUUUGAAGUUUUCUGUUGAUGUUAACUAAGCUACUAUAGGUAUUUUUAUUUCACCAAGUAUAAAAUUUGGAGUAACUAUAUAUGUCAAGAAUUUAAUAAAAUGUAUUCUUUUAAUUUUUAGAAGGAAUCAGAGUACCAGUCUUCUGUAAUUCAUAGGGCAAUUGGCUCUUUUGACCUAAAGUCAAAAGCGAAAUGCUAAUUCUGUAUUAAUCUGAGUUAUUAAUGGUAAAGCCUAAUUUGAAUAUGGAAAUUCAAUACAGGCUGUGUCAAAGUUUUGCUAAUGUCAUUAUUUUAAAGAAAAUAAAUUAAAAAUGCAUUCAAAAAUUGA